UGCUAUACCAGAAAAUCCAUUAAUUGUUAGUCGCACAUUGGCUGAAAUUGAAGAUCACCUUAGACAAUAUGGAAAAUGUCUCACAGAUUUUCCUGAUUUACCUAUCAUUCAGCAUAACUUGCUAAAUAUCAACAGACAAACACGGCUCUUUGCAGAGGAAACGACUUUUUCGCAAGAUGAAUUACAGAGAAUUCUCGAAGGCGUUUCCCUACUAAAUGAUGAACAACGUGCAGUAUAUGAUGCU